AUGGAAGCUGAUGGCUUCCCCGUUCUUCGUUGUGCUCUCUGUAUUGGGGGAAUGCCAGUCAAAGAUCAAAUUGAACUUAUCAAAAGAGGAGUCCACAUCAUGGUUGCUACACCUGGCCGUCUCAUGGAUAUGUUAGACAAAAAAAUGAUCACAUUGGAUGUUUGCCGGUAUCUGUGCAUGGACGAAGCUGACAGAAUGAUCGAUAUGGGAUUUGAGGAAGAUGUGCGAACAAUAUUUUCUUAUUUUAAGGCCCAAAGACAAACCCUUCUGUUUUCUGCAACAAUGCCCAAGAAAAUCCAGAACUUUGCCCGAAGUGCCUUGGUAAAGCCAGUUACAGUGAAUGUUGGUCGAGCGGGGGCUGCAAAUUUAGAUGUUGUCCAGGAAGUGGAAUAUGUCAAACAAGAAGCAAAGGUUGUUUACCUGCUUGAGUGUCUUCAAAAGACAAGCCCACCAGUUUUGGUGUUUGCGGAGAAGAAGCAAGAUGUGGAUGCCAUUCACGAAUAUCUUCUCUUGAAAGGUGUAGAAGCAGUUGCAAUCCAUGGAGGCAAAGACCAAGAGGAAAGAACGCGUUCUGUGGAACAAUUCCGAAAUAGCCAAAAAGAUGUUCUGGUUGCAACUGAUGUUGCUUCAAAAGGUUUAGAUUUUCCUGAUAUUCAGCAUGUUAUCAAUUACGACAUGCCAGAAGAUAUAGAGAAUUAUGUUCAUCGUAUUGGCCGUACAGGCAGACGUGGAAAAACUGGAAUUGCUACAACAUUUAUUAAUAAAACAGUUGACAAAUCUAUUUUACUGGAUUUGAAACACUUGCUGUUAGAGGCAAAACAAAAAGUCCCACCUUUCCUGGCAACGCUACAAUCAGAGAGUGAGAAGUACCUGGACAUUGGAGGUGAAAUUGGUUGCUCUUAUUGUGGAGGCCUUGGUCAUCGUAUUGCUGACUGCCCCAAAUUGGAAGCUCUCCAAACAAAACAAGCACAAAACAUUGGACGAAGGGACUAUUUGGCGCAUAAUGCUGCAGAUUGGUAA